AAAAAAAAAAAAGAUUAAUUUCAGAAAUGAACCCUAAGCAGCCAUCUUUUCAUCUCGCUCUCAGCUAUCCCAUACACGUUCUCUCACGACAGCCCUCACAGUUCCUCCUCUUCCAUUCCCAACCCCUUUUCCUCAGCUUCCCCCAAUAGUUUUUCUUUCCUUGCGGGGCGUCUUGUGGUUCUUUCACUCUCUUCUCACAUUUUACCCUUUUCAUUUCCCAGACCAUCAAUCUUUUUUCCUUGAGGUUUUCAACUGCAACAACAGGAUUCAUCUUGGUUGGUUUUGUACAACUCUUCAAAAUUAACUGGCAUUUUUUUUUCCCCCUGAGCUGGAAGCUUGUGAAGAACAGUACUAGAAGGAAGGAUGCAGGCUUGUGGUGGAGCUGCAAUUAUGGAUUCCAUUCAGCAGCCCGUUUGGGCCAAGGGGAUAUCACCUUCCUUGAAAGGUUUUAGUAUUAGUGGAUUUCCACAGCAAAUAAAACUCAAUUCUAAACCUUGCAAAUUUUCAUACAUUGAAGGAAGCUUGGCUUCUGCGAGGCAACCUUCUUCUGCCUCUGUUCCUGUGCUUGAAAUUAGAGGUAAUGGAAGCUUUGUAGACCAUGGCUUAAGUGAGGCUGAUCCUGAAGUGUCUACAAUUAUUGGCAAGGAGAAGGAGCGGCAGUUUAAAAGCCUUGAGCUUAUUGCUUCAGAGAAUUUUACUUAUCGUGCAGUGAUGGAGGCAGUUGGCUCAUGUCUUACAAACAAGUACUCUGAAGGAUUACCGGGUAAAAGGUACUAUGGCGGCAAUGAAUACAUUGAUGAACUUGAAACACUCUGCCAGAAAAGGGCCUUGGAUGCAUUUCAUCUAGAUGAAAAGAAGUGGGGUGUUAAUGUUCAACCGUUAUCUGGUUCUCCUGCUAAUUUUGAGGUCUACACUGCAAUUCUUAAUCCACAUGACCGAAUAAUGGGUUUGGACUUGCCUCAUGGGGGACAUUUGUCUCAUGGGUUCAUGACUCCUAAAAGACGAGUAUCAGGCACAUCAAUCUAUUUUGAGUCCAUGCCAUAUCGACUUGACAUAUCAACAGGUCUUGUUGAUUAUGACAUGCUUGAGAAAACUGCCAAUCUCUUUCGCCCAAAACUCAUUAUUGCUGGUGCUAGUGCUUAUCCUCGGGAUUUUGACUAUCCUCGGAUGAGGAAGAUUGCUGAUGAAGUUGGUGCUUUUCUUCUGAUGGAUAUGGCCCAUAUAAGUGGACUUGUUGCUGCAUCUGUUGUUGCUGAUCCUUUUGAAUUCUGUGAUAUUGUGACAACAACUACUCACAAGUCUUUAAGGGGUCCAAGAGGUGGCAUGAUCUUCUUCAGGAAGGACCCUAUUCUUGGGGUUGAUUUAGAAUCUGCCAUUAACAAUGCUGUUUUUCCAGGUUUGCAGGGUGGUCCUCAUAAUCACACUAUCGGGGGACUUGCGGUUUGCUUGAAGUAUGCGCAGUCGCCAGAAUUUAAGGCUUAUCAAAACAAGGUGGUUUCUAAUUGUAGGGCUCUUGCAAACCGAUUAAUUGAACUGGGAUAUAAGCUGGUUUCUGGUGGAAGUGAUAACCACUUGGUUCUUGUGGAUCUGAGGCCUUUGGGUAUCGAUGGUGCUCGAGUGGAGAAAAUUCUUGACUUGGCAUAUAUAACCCUCAACAAGAAUUCAGUACCUGGUGAUAAGAGUGCCCUAGUACCAGGUGGUAUACGCAUAGGUUCCCCUGCAUUGACAACUAGAGGAUUCACUGAGAAAGAAUUCAUAUUGGUUGCUGACUUAAUUCAUGAGGGCGUGCAGAUAGCUCUUGAUGCUAAGCGGUCAGUCUCAGGCUCAAAGCUCCAAGAUUUCAUGAAGUUUGUUACUUCCCAUGACUUCUCUUUAAUAGAUCGAGUGUCUGAUCUGCGUGCAAGAGUUGAAGCUCUGACAACCCAGUUCCCAAUGCCUGGAGUAUGAUUCUCAAAUGGUUUUACAUUCUGAGGGUGGAGAUGCCCAUAAUAAUCUUUUCAUGAUAAUGGCGAGUAGAGUUGUGUUAUAACAGUUUUGGAAUCUGGGAUUGAAUAAAGAAUCCCAUACCUUUCGUUCUUUACUGAAGAAUAGCUUAACAUGAGGGGUGUCAUAAGAAAAAAGAAAAAAUUGUUUUACAGUAUAAGCUACCUUAAAUUUUGUUUCAUAUGCAAUCACUUAUCAAUUAUAUACCUGAGAAAUUACUAUU